GUUUUUCCUGCUAUCAACUGUGUUUUAUUUAAUCUAUUACGGACUGCAUAUACCAUAAACGUGAAAGUACAAGCUAUUCGUGAUACUUCCGAUGUAAUAAAAAAAAAACAUUUUUUAAUAAUGUAGUGCCAGGACUUAUUAUUCAAACUUUCUCUUGUUAUAAAUACGUUUUAAAAUAUUAUUAAUAGUAUAAUAAUAUGAAUGCACAAUAAUUGUUGUAUUUGCGAUAGCAUUGUUCUUACAAGAAAGUAAAAUCCAGGAAAGUGUCAGGAUCAGGAAAACUUUAUUAGCAUGGUUGUUAAAAAGUCUAAUAUUGCCAAAGCAUAUAAAGUACAAUUUAAUAGACAACGCAGAAAAUUAUUUCCUUGCUCACGUCACCUUGUUUAAUGAAAUAAACUUUAAUUCUUUAUUCAUAACGAUUUCGCCAAACAAGCCAAAGUAUCCUUUGUUGCAGCUUAUUUAUAUUUUCCACUAACUGUAUCACAGAUAAAAUCUGGCUGGAUCUCCCUUCUACAUUUACAAAGAGUCUGCGCAUGCGCGCGCUGCCACGACAAGCCGUGUUGUGCGUCUCUAUGGCAACAGCUGUUACAUGCUACUUUGAAGCUGAGGCCAGCAGAGGAUUAGAGCGACCUGCUCUCUAAUGUACAGGUGCGCGCAGAGACCAGAUCUCUAGAAUAUAUAGGCCGGCUAAUGAAUUAUCAUUCAUUAUUUUUGCACCUACCGCGAGGCAAGACCAUACAAGUUUUGAAGUAAGAAAGUGAAGAGACAAUGAGUGAUUCUGCAGUCCAGAGCACUCCGGAUGAGUAUGAGGAUGACUUUGAGAAAGACCUGGACUGGCUUAUCAGUGAGGAGAGCAAGAGUGAGGAACAGGAUCCUGAUGAUGAUGACAUUGAAGCUCAGAUAGACAAAGAGCUUGAAGAAGAUGAUCUUAAAGAAGACAGAAAGAAGGAUGUGCACAAACACAAGGAAAUGGCUGAUGAAGAAGCGGAUGAAAGAUGGCCAACGCCCAUGGAGCCAUUAGAGGGUGCGUUAGAUCCUGACGAUCUUGUAACCUCUCCGCAUUUACAGAACGACGAAGACCUCGAUGAAGAAAAGAAAUAUAUUUUGGAUAAGAUUCAGGAAGCUAACAAACAACUCCAGGACCAGGAUCCUCCAGACCAGAGCCGGCGCAGACGCCUGCAGUUUAAAGACACUCUGGUUGACCUGGUGGUGCCUGCGCAAGAGUUUGACGCUCAAGAGAGCAACGGCACCUCCUAUAGGGACUUAGAGGAAGAUCAAGAGGUAUCCGGACAAAUGCAGAGACUGAAGAUCUCUCCGAGAGAAGAGAGCACAACUGGAGAGCCUGUGGAUGAACAUAAUGAGGGAGCGAAGGAAGGACGGGUUUUGGUUGAAAAAGAUGGAAAGUUUGAUCUGGUGAGUCUAAAGGAAGUGGAAAGUCAAGGAUUGCUUCCUCCCUUGCCGGUUUCUCACAGUGAGAAUCAGCGAGCAUCUUCACAUCAAAGUGAGUCUGGCAUCCAUCUCAGCAAAAGUCCGGUCUCCUCACCGAGACAAAAUUCGACCACACCUUUUCCCCCAGGCGUUGAGUCUCUAUACAUUCCCAAACCUCCACCGAAGCAUCGAAAUAGGCCUAGUUCUGCCCGACCGUCCCAAAGGGGAACAUGGGUUCAGGGUAACAAGCGAAGGGUCCAGUCUGCAAAUGGAGCUCCUUCACAUGCCACUUUCACUCUGUCACCACAGCAGAAAGAAUUACUGGCCAAACUUCAGCAGCGGAGAGAGAGGCAAGCGAAAGAGGAUGAGCUGAAGAAAAAAGAGGAAGAGGAACAGAAGCGUCAGGAAAAUGAGAUAGCCUUCCGAUCGUGGCUUAUGAGGAAGAGAGAUCAGCUGCAGGAGGAAAGGAGAGUACAGAAAGCCCAGGAAAUGGAAAGGAUGAACUGCAGGAGGGACUGUGGUGACCCAGAGGAGGCCUUUAAAAGUUGGCUCCAGAAGAAACAGGAACAGCAGUUCAAAGACAAGCAGAUCGAGGAGAUGAAGAGAUUGGAAAAAGAGAGCGGCUUUUGCUUCCACAGCCGAGAGGAGAGCGAGAAGGCCUUCAGACAGUGGCUGAAACGAAAGCGUACAGAGAAAAGAGCAGAACAACAAGCGGCUCGAGAGCGCUCGCGCAGACUCAUGCUGGAAGAGCGCAGAGCAAGACGCAUGCAUGACCUCCACUGCACUGUUAAUGAGAUCAAACCCUUCCGAUUCAGUGACCCCUAUGGAUACCGCUACUGAUCAACUCAUAACAUGCACAUGUGCCGGUUGUGACAAUCAGGAUCUGAACUGAAGGUCCUCCAGUUCAGCAAUCACUGUGGUUACUGCUUCAAGUGUCACCCAUUCAUCUGUAUCUAUGGUUACAGUUCUAUUGAACUUCUCAAAGUUCUGUUGUCUCAUCUCCAUGAUACAGUGGAUGAAAGAACUUGUGGUUAGGAACACAAACAGGAGCUCUCUUUUAUUAAUUUUCCAUUCAUCCUUUUUUAAUAUACAGAGAUCAAACAGGUGCUUGAGUGGAUAUCCCUGUUCCAACAGCUUUAGGCACUUAAAAUAAUGAAUACGCCAAGAUGAUUUAAUGGAGUUUUGCGUAACUGCUGAAUCACGAGAUAUUCUCAUUUUUUGUUUAGCUGGCUAUCCUGUAGAUGUGCCACAUGUCCACUGCGGGCAGUCUGCAGGAACAAUAUUAAUUCAGCAGUUCAGACCCAAAGCUUCAGAUCAAUGAUCUAUAUGUGGGCAGGUGACAUAAAAUGCUUUGGAAAAUGUUUUAACUUUAUCCAAAACUUUAUUUUGCAGGCAUUAUAAAUAGUUAGUCCUGGUCUGAUGUGCAUCAUCCUAUGUUUGUGAAGCCUUUAUUUCUAUUUUGAUAUUACUUAAGGUAAAUAUUUCACAUAUUUACAGAAAUCAAGACAUUUCAAAAUUAAAAUAGUUUUGCACAUUAUCAUUAAUCACACAACAAUCUCAAAACCCUCCUCAAAAUAAAUAAAUAAAUAUUUAAAAAAAUAAAAAGAAACAAAAAAAGUCUUAAAACGUUAUUGUACGCUACCAUUCACAAAGUCUCUUAUGCUCACCAAAGCUGCAUUUAUUUGAUUAA